AUGGUUGUGGUGGCUGCACCGGUGAAAGACCUUGGCCGUCUCUUCAGUGGUGGCAGCGGAGGUCGCGAUAUCUUCAACCAUGGUAUUGAUAGCUUCUGCUUCAGCCGUGGUUGUGGUUGUGGUGGCAGCGGUGGUUGUGGAGAUCGCUUGAGUGGAGGUGGUGGGAAAUUACGCAACAAAUCAUUUUUCUUUCUUUCUGACUAG